UGUUAUGGAUGGAUGCUUCUGGUGAUGUGGAAAGACUAAAACAACCUGAAGAAACAUGGAGACGUGAAGAUGCUUAAAGACAAAAGUUUGACCAUAGAAAUUCAUUUUUAGAAAUGUGUUAAAUGACAAAUAACAAAAUAUGAGCCAAUAUGCGAGCCUGACUUUGAACAACUUCACUCACAUGAGUGAAAGUAAACAUUUCUACCACUCCAGGCUAUUUUAACUCCUAAAAUAGCCUAGCAAAAAUAAAAAGUGCAACCAUGCUGAAGAGAUGGCUUGUGGCCAUGAUGGCCCGUACAAAACUUCUGAUUAUGGUUGCAUUCUGCUUUACACUAUUCCUGUAUAACCCAGACUGCAGAACUCGUGGAAAUCAACACCAACAAAUUUUGCUCAAAAAGACCAUGGAUGAUAUGAAAUAUCAAGCUUUGCUGCAAGAACGUGAGGAGCAACAUCAUCACUAUACUGCAAGCCUAAGAAAGCAGAUUUUCCAUUUGAAAUAUGCUCUCAGAGAGAAACGACUUCUACAGAAGGAGGAAACACACAAUAGUCAUUCAGAACUUGAGGUGUUCCUUCACAAGCAACUACAUCGUAUGAAAAGUCAGGUUGGCGUGACUAUACCAAAUGAGUUUGCUGCAGUGCCAUAUGAGAGCUUUACACUUCACAAUGUCUAUCAGCUUGACACCGGGCUCACAAAGCAUCUGCGAAAAACUCUUCGAAGGGAUAUGGCUGGGGCAUUAGAAGCAGCUCUGCAUAUCCUUAAUGGUCCUAAGGAUAAGGAUGACCCUCGAUUUCGUAAGACAUACUCACCGCAUGACUUCUUUGAGGGAAUUUUUCAUUCUGAAAGAGAUAAAGGAUCUCUAUAUGAUCUCACAUUCAGAGACAAUACUUCUCUGGACUUCAGGAGGCUGGAGCUCUUUCGGCCAUUUGCACCUCUGCAAAAUGUGAAGGAAGAAAUAAUCGACACAUCCAGGAUGCUAAUAAAUAUAAUUGUGCCAUUGGCCACGAGGGUUGACACAUUUCAACAAUUCAUGAACAAUUUUAGGGAAAUUUGUGUUAAGGAUGAAAGGAUCCAUCUUACUGUAGUGAAUUUUGGAACAGAGAAGAUAAAUCAAGUAAGAAGAAUUAUAGAAACUGCUGCAAGGAGAGUGAGAUCAAGGAAUUUCACUUUAAUCCACCUCGAUGAGAAGUUUACCAGAGGACGAGCUUUGAACAUAGGAGCUCGAGCUUGGAAGAAAAGCAAUGUCCUCCUAUUUUUCUGUGAUGUCGAUGUCCACUUUACUGUUGAUUUCCUAAACUCGUGCCGCAUUAACUCCCAACCUGGUAAAAGAGUCUUCUACCCCAUACCUUUUAAGAAGUACAACCCAGAUGUAAUUUAUGGUGACCAUACACCCACUCUUGAAAAACAGCAGGUAAUAAAUAAAAGCACUGGAUUCUGGAGAGAGUUAGGCUUUGGAAUAACAUGCCAGUAUUUGUCAGAUUUCAUCAACAUAGGAGGUUUUGAUGUAACUAACAAAUAUACGGGAGAAGAAGAUUUGCACCUGUACAGAAAAUACCUGCACAGCAAUCUCAUGGUAGUGCGUGCACCUUCACGAGAACUCUUCCAUAUGUGGCAUAAGACACCUUGUGCAGAAAACCUACCAACAGAAUCAUUUAAUGAGUGCAUACAGACUAGAGCCAUGAAUGAGGCCUCUCACAGUCAGAUGGGAAAACUGUUCUUUCACCAACAAAUAGAUAAUCAUCUACACAAAUACAAUCAAACAGAAACUCAGUGAUAGUGCAGAAGACAUUACACAUACAUGAGGGAAAUAUUUUGUGCCAUAAACACUUUAAUAAUGCAAGUCUUGUUUGUUAUUUAUUUGUAUGCGUUGAUAAGCUUUAUAAGUUUUCGACCCAACGAGGACCCAGAACAGAGCAAUCUGGAGACAAAAGAUUAGGAGAGCCGACCCCAAGUAGAUAUGGGAAAAGGCCUGACAAAGAAGAAGAUAAGCUUUAUUAGUUUUAAGUAACUAGUUCAGUUAUCCCAGACACAGGUAAAAUCCAUAAUGUGACUACACCCUUCAUGUUCUCAUAAUGCUCACUAUAUGUAUGUAUGUAUAUACUGUAUAUUAAUCCAGUUUCUGUAUGGCUAAGGGCUGAACAUGUGUAAAAUUAUCCUAUGAAGACAAUGUAUUUAAUUUUGUUUUACUUGUACAACAUUCUGGUCAGGUUUAUGCAUGAUUUUUCACUUUUCCUCCAUUUCACACACAGAAAUGCACUGAUCACUACUUCAAGAAUGAUGUUGGUCUUAUUAAAAAAAAAAAAAAAGAAGAAUUACCCUUUGUACAAUUUUGCUUAUUCAAUAUAGUCAACAUUGUAUUUCCAGUCUAUGACUUUAUUUUUAUUCUUAUAUGGAUGUACUGUUGUAGAAUAUUAGUUUUAUUUUAAUUAUUAUUUCUCAUAUGUGUUUGAAGCAUCAUAGAUUUUUAUGUGUUCAUGAUAGCUUUAGAAGGCCUCAGUAUGUUCAUAUAGUGGUAAGUUCCAUAUCACUCUCUCUCUCUCAGCAGCAUCGCUGAUCCGAGGCUGGUAUCAGCGAAAUCUUAUUAUUUGCGUACAGGAGAGAUAAUGGAAUGUGUUGCUAAGGGACUUGGGCAGUUUAUCUAUAAGUUGACCUUGGUUCACAAGCACAGGAGGGCUUUUAGGGAAGGUUGGAGUCGGGGAGAUUGGAAGUUGAGAGUGAGACCUAGGUACAAGAACGGAACAUCUGUAUGUUUAUUGAAUCUUCAAUAAAGAGACACAUUUCCAUCUU